GCGAACAGUUGUCUGUUGCACGACGGUACUGUUUUGAUCAUUAGAAUUCGUCUCAUUUUCUCUUGAUUUAAAGCUGUAAUCCUUUCAGUAUAUACAUUUCCUUCUUAUUAUCAUCUGCAAGCAUUCCUCGCUGAAGUAUGGGCGAGGAAGGCGGUGGAGGUUCCGAUGAUUUCGAUCCACAUGGAGAUCCCAACACAGACCCCAAGGAAAGAAGAAGAAUUCGAUAUGAAUAUCGUGAACUGAUCGCCGAAACGCAAAGUAAGGACCAAAAAAUGCACAUUGACUUCAUGUUGCUGUGCUUUCAGUUUUCCUUUUAGCAUAUUGUCAUAUACGAUCCAAAAAUCUAACGAACCUCGCGACAAUCGAAGUGUCCUGCGAGAGAUGUCAAGUUGCAGAAGCACAUGAAGCUUUCGUGCAUAGUUGAUGUACUGAAGUUUUAGUUAUAUGACUCCUUUUAAUUUGUGCUGUUUGGCGAUUGUUUUCGUAGAAAACCGACAUGAUCUUAUCAAACCUGACUCAGCAGGAUUACACAGAGCUUUGGACAAAGCUGACAACUUGUUUAAAAGUGGUGAGUACCAGUGGCCGAUUCUAUUUUUAUCGAAACAUGUGCCACUGUUCUUGCUAUCAGGAUUUCUUAGUAUAGCUGAUGAUUAAUAGUUCGAAACUUGGAGAAAUGGAAAAGGGCAGUGUAAAAUGCAGACUGCGGACUGUCUGCGGACUAUUGUUUUUAGGAUUAGAAAACAAUAGGACUAUUGUUGUGACUUAGUCAUUUACAUGGUGAAAACAAUAGUCCGCAGUUUAGGAAUGAUGAUGAUGAUGAUGACAUGGUGAUGAUUAACCAUAAGAUACUGGUACCAUGCCAUGGCAGAGUGCAUUAACCUGCAGCCAGCCACUCAAACCACACCAGACAUAAACCCACAGUAAUAUAUUGGUGUAGUUCAGAUGACAAAGUAACACUAUUAGUGUGUGUCAAGCAUGAACUGAGGUCUCUUGACACUCCAUACAAUACAAUACAAUGCAAUCCAAUACUUUAUUCAAGAGAUAGAAAACAAAACAAAAUAUCUUUUGAAAGGGGAGAUGUAGAUGUUAUCCCUAUAUAAUGCAUCAGUCAAUUCCAGCUGACCCCAGGGCAGUAGCAUUUUUUUUGCCUUAGAUGGCAAAUUCCCGGGGGUGGGGACUCUUGGGCGGAGUUGGAAUUUACUGAUGCAUAAAUAUCCGUGUAUAAAAGAUUCCCCAAGAUAAAAAAACUAAAAUCUAAAAACUAGAAGCUAAAACAUUAUUUACAGAGUUAAAAAAUGUAAAAACUAGAAUUAUCUAAAAUGAUGGAAAAUAUUUACAAUAAUAUUCAAUAUAAAUCGACAUUUUCUAAAGCUGGUAUUAAAAGACAAACAAAUCCUUUUGCAUUUGAAACAAAUCAUAUGGCUUCAUCUGGCAUCAAUCGUCUUGAACUGAAUGUUGAUGCUUGGUAACCAGGCAAAUUUUUGAGCGCAUGCUUGACCCAAGAUGGCGGUUGGUUUGCUGUCAUUUCUACACUGCGAUCUUGCAUUUGUUUCAGACCUUUAUUUCCUGGAGAAAGCUCCCAGAUCUGUUAACAGAACUAUGAGGAUUUUUUUAUACAAAAGGGCUUAAUUUUGCCAGAUUGUUAAUGAACGAAAUAUCCAGGCUCAUGUAUUGCAUGAUGAAUCUUGAUACAUUGCAUCUCCUGCUGUCAAUACUGAUGCCGAAACCAAGACAGCUGACUUGUUUAUGGAACAAAAAGGGAUUCCCUAAGUAUUCGCAGCUUUAUAAAACUGUUUUUUGUGUUGAUUGAUGUGAUUUUUUCGCUGUUGAUAGAAAUAUGUAACCUUUUUCGAUUUUGUUCAUGUUGUGGGUAAAUGGCUGUAAUCUGCAUUGUUGGAAAGUGUGUUGUAGAGGUUAAGGUGAACCUCUUCUCAAAAAUCAUGGCUGCGCCUUAUAGCCGGGUAUUUUCGCUUAAUUUUUAACUGAGUGCACCUCAAAACCGAAAAAUACAGUACAUUACCAUACCCAAAAACAAAAGAAAAAUGAAAAUUACCUGAGGUAAAAAUUUAACUGCAGCACAUACUUCCUCAAUCUGUCUACUAACAGUCCCCCAAUGCUUGUGCUGUCAUAGCCAUAAAAAAAAAAUCCAUAUUCAAUUUCAGGCAAAGAGUUAGAUCAUUAUCCUUUGGUGCUGGACAUGUUUAAUACAUAGCUUAUAUUACUUUAUGUUGUAGUUAAUUUUUAUUUUUCCAUUGUUUUUGGGUAUGGUUAUAUAUGCUAAUGAAUGAAUAUGAAACAAAGGAAAAAUAAAGAUUUCCUGAAAUAAAGAAAUUAACUGCAACAUUUAUAAGGGAGUGACUUCUACCUGGUCCCAUCACUUCCCCCUAAAGUUUGAAAGUGAGGCAUGAAGUUAAAUAGGUAUUUCUAGGGGAAUUGUAGUAGAAAAAGAGGAGGUUAAACAAGAAACUGCACAUAGGUAAAAUUCAGAUGUAAUACUUUGUUUCUCCACAGUGAGACUAACUAGAGAAGCUGUCCUCGAUUCUCAUUUCUUGGUUCUUGCAUCAAAUCUUGGUAGUCAGCAAGUGCAACAAUUACAGACCCACUUAGUUACAUUUGAUCGUGACACCUUUGUCCAAAAAUUGGUAAGUAUGAGAACUUGAAUCCCUCGUAACUCAAAGCAGUUUUUCUCCCUCCUUCACUCUAGAACUACUUUGUUUUGCCACUUUAUAUCACAGCUGUGCCUCUGGAACUUUCUAUCAAGAGUUCUGUUAGCCUACUAUGAGCUGCUUUAAUGCUUGUCCAAUUAUAUUGAUGAAUGCAUAAAAGACAGUUUACUCAGGCAUUCUUUUCAGCAUCAUUGAAAGCAAGCUUAAGUUUUUUCGAUCUUGUAACAGAUCACUUUCAUGGGAGGCAGAAAUAUAAAUGAUUUAAGCAGAGAUGAUGAUGAAGAUGAUGGAGAGGGGUCCACAAGAAGACAGCGGAGGCCAGGUCGCCUUGACUGGAAGAAGCUUGGACAGAAAGCUUGUGUGGCAUUCCGGAGAACACCUUGCAUUGACUUUAUGUAAGAUGACGGGAUAGCAUCUUUUUUGCUAUUGAAACCCUGCUGAAAAGGCUUUAACAGUUAGUGUUUGUCAUACAGACAGAAUUCUGUACUAUUGUUGUCCAUUUGUGCUUCAUCACCUUUGUGUUUGACUCAUUGUUAAUUUCAGAAUAAAUUAUCAGUGUUGUCCUAUUUUUUUUUCCCUGGUUAUUUAAAGAGACAAAUGAAGAAAAAAACAAUCAUAUUUUUUGCAAGAUUUAGCUGUGGAUAAGAGAUGUAUUGAGAUGGAAGUAAUGCAACCUUUGUUCAUGGAAAUGAAUGUCAAAUUCUAGAGGAAAUUAAUACAAUGGCCCAGGGUUGUCAUUAAGUAUUUAAGUUGCCAGGUUUAAAACAACAUGUUGGCAGGGAAUCAAACAGCUAGGGCUUCCUUUUGGUUCUACAGUGUAAUUUUCUUUUAUUUUCCUUUGAAAGUUGCCGCGAGCCAAGUUUAUAGUAGCCAGGGGAAAUCCCCGCCCCUCCUCUUAAUGACAGCCCUGAUUGGUUAUUUGUUUGAAGAUAUACUAUUUGGGUUUUAAUUAGGUUUGGUCCUUUGUCUAUGGAACCACCACCAAACCGAUCACGGCAAGCUCAAAAGAAAAGUCCUAAAAACAAACCUGAUGCAAGCCAAAAAGUCACACCAAGUCAGGUAAAAAGGAACUAAUAGUAAAUCCCCUAGGAUGUUUUUGUUGUGCAGUCUUUACUAUAGAUUUAAUUUCACCACACACACAAAUACUUCACUAGACUGUGUAGUGUUCUAAUAAUUAUGUACAUCAUUAGUACCUAUACUCGGCAAAUGACCUUGGGAGUGUUGCUGUAGGCGGCCAUGUAUUAUUGAAGCGUGUUGGACAGUUAAAGUAAUGUUGAGUUUAAAAGUGAUCUUCUGUAUUUUAGUGGACAUUCGACUUCUAAACUGGUUUAAUGCCAGCAGCUACCGUGUGUUAGUCGUUGUUGAUAAUUGUGGAGUUUCUUUUGAGGGUGUAGUCAUGCAGUCAAAUAUGACACCCAAGAUAACUGCUGCCCUGUUGAAAGUCAAGAUUGGAUACCCUUACAGUUUAAGGAAUAAUCUUGUGUAUUUAAGUGGACAUCUGACUGUGGACCAUCAAGGCCAGUUAGAGUCAGUCCAUAUCCAGGGGACUGGCAUUGAUAUUAUCAGCAUGUGACAGUACCAACAUAUAGGUGACUCUGGUCAUCUACCAAGAUUGAGGCUUGUAAAUUGUUGCUCAAAACAUGCUGAAAUGCACUCUUCAGAGCUCCUAAAAUAAACAUUUUCACAAGGGUAUGUGGGCAAUCCCCAGCCAUACUUACCCCCAUGUGCAGCUAAACUGAUUUAAUCUUUUGCCGCCUAUUUUUUUUUUAUCCCUCUACUCUUCAUUUUCUGGCAAAUCCUACAUGUAUUAAUUAAAUUCAAUAAUAAUUUUGUUUUCAUUAGCUUGACAAAGUGGAGUCCAAGGAGGAGGCUACUACCAAAGAAGUUGAUAGAAUACAUAAAGUGCUUUUUGAAAACACAGGUCUGAGAAUAUUGUAAUUAAUUAUUAUUUUUUAAAUUGAUUGAAGAAGAUUUCUUGAUAUGCCUGAUAUUCCAGGAAUCAAAGAAGACUUGGUUUAUCAAUCAUUAGCCCCAUUAAUUUCGCAAUGUAUAAAAUCACCAGAUAACUAAAAAAGAUUUUUACAUAAACUUUGCAGCACAGGCAGUCAACUAGCCCAGGACUAGUAGACAUAUGCUUUGGUAUAGUUUAAGUUGUGAGAACUACUUCAUCAAAAGGCUCAUCUUUUUAUUCAGGGCUGUGCUCUAAAAAAAUUACCUAUGUAGGUUGCCCAGAAGAUCUCAACUAUCGAUACCCAGGUUGCCCAGCAUACAUAUGUGUGUUGUAGUUAAUUUUUUGUUUUAGUUAAUUUUUGUGUUUCCUUGUUUUUGGAUAACUGAAAUAAAAAGUUAACUACAACAUCAGCGUGCAAAUAAAGUAGUGUCCGAUAGCCCGGGGCUAGUGGAUUUUGCUAUUGGGCUAGUGAAUUCUGUUUUUAACUUGCCCAAUGGGCAAGUGAUGUUUUCUGAGAUAUUCGAAUAACAGAUGAACUGUGAAAUCAAUUCUGCUCGUGAAAAAGCUUUUGGGCUAGUUGAAAUGACGUCUGGGCUAGUAAAUACUAGCUUGAGCUUGCCUGAAUGGCAAGCUGUAAAAAGGAUUUUCUCCGCGCCCUGAACAUAUACGUUUGCAGGGUUGUCGCUAAAAUUUCAAGUUCGCGGGUAUAUGCAAUAAGUAGGAAGCGAAUUGUACAGCUAGGAAGUUCUUUGGGUUCUAUUUUCCUUUUGUUUCGUAUAAAAGUAGCUGGGGCUCACAGUCAUAGUAUCCUGGGAAAAUCUCCGGCCCCUGGCUCUUGGUGACAACUCUGCAUUUGGUGCUAAAACUAAGAUUUCCUGGUCACCCAAAGCUAAAGAUGGUAAGGUACCAGAGGCCUAUUUCCCCCUUAUCAGCUAGUAAAUAUUUUGGCUUUUAACUUUGAACUAUAAAUAGCUGUGUUGAAAAGUUGCUAGAGGCAAUUUAUUUGAGUGUCAAUGUAUUUAGCACGAAAGUGCUAAUUGGGGACACUAUUUUUACAUGUACAUCUCCUAAUGCAGACGGGACCACCAUUUUACAUGGUCAUCUGAGCCAUGCAAAGGUCCAGCCGCUUGCAUUGCAAUGGGAGUACCUUCAUUUCUCAGUUAUUUUAAGACCCUGAGUAUUGGUCCGGCCCUGGGAAUAGAACCCGCGACCUCACGCUGAGCAAUCAAGCCCUCUACCAACUGAGCUAAUCCUACCAUGGAAAAGGAAAUACUUUAUCGGAGAGACUGGAAACAAAUCCCACCAAUAUAUCAAACAAACAUUGGGUAUAAGACCUAAAAUAUGAAAACACUGAAGUGUUUUAUGUUUACUUCUCAAAGUCAUUAAUAAGUCCUAAGGAAAAUACAAAGGAAAUUACAUUUAAUGAGUGUCUUGAAAUCAGAUGAAAAACUGCUCAUUUUUGCAUCCUUAAUUUCUCCUUCUUUAAUCAUUUUGUUUGAUAAGUAAUAUCAAGUAUUCAACAGAGUAUUUCAUCACUAGAUGAAACACCUCGAAGUUCGUCAAAAAUAACCCACUUCACAUUGUAUUUUCAACUCUCUUCUCAGUGUUUCAUCUGGUGAUGAAACACUGCCUCUCACGCUUGAUAUAUCAUGUACAAUACAAAAGCCAAUUUGAAAAGGUUAAUGCAGACAUGCUGUGUACUGGUACAUGUAAUCAAAGCUGUAUUACCGAGUAAUAGCGUGAGACCUUAUUAGCUCAGGGACAGAACAGACUCUCACUCUCUCAUCCCAUCCGGGACUUGCAUUGUAAGGCCUCCUCCAUCUGCUGUUACCUUGUCAUGGUGGGGGAGGUUGAAAGCCUUCGUGAUUCUAUGAGCUAUACUGGUAGGGGCUUAAGCUCCUGGCAGGUCCAACUAAGCCAAGCAGGUUAUGGGGGAGAGGACAGACUAAAAGUAGUACCUGGUCCUCCAGGUUGGGGGCUGGGCGUAGGGCUAACAACAGCACCCUGGAAUACGAGAACUUGCUACCAAAUCUGAAGCAACACUAUUCACAGUCCAGGGACUACUUAAAGAAAAACAUUAAGGGCCAACAUGACAGUUACGUUUAUUAACUGCCUCCAUAAAAUUUAUUGUUAAAUUUUUAUUGUCAGAAAUUAACAGUCAUGUGCAUUUUGACAUUGAGGAUUAAAGGGCUGAUAUAUCUUUGUGGUCUUUGUUUUAGUUUCAGGGGAUGAAAUAACGCCAGUCUGCUUAUUCAAGUUCAUCAUAAACCCUCACUCAUUUGGUCAGACUGUUGAGAAUCUCUUCCAUUUAUCGUUUCUAGUGAAGGUCAGUAAGACAAGUUUACCAAGGGACAGAAUUGAAUGUAAACAAUUAUUGAUUAUCUUACCCUGAUAAACUGGACUUUAAUGAGUUAAAAUGAAGAUCCAAGGACACGAUUAAUAGAGUCUAUUCAAGUGUUGAGAGGCGCCUUUGAAACAGAUUUGUUUUUCAACCAAAGACUAAGGUGUCAUUCGCAUGCAUUACUUGACUACUCAUAGUCAAAAAGUGAAUAAGUUCAUUCAUCUGAAUUGUAACUGCUGGACAGUCAGUAAGAGCUAGGGCCCUGGCUUAUAUGAACAUGAUCCACAGCUACUUUAAUAUUAUUAUAAAAUAGAGGAAAAACACCGGUAAUGCUAAGAGAAAUGUCAAGCUGAUUGGUUCCCUGUUGCAUCCAUCCAGCAACUUGAAAUCUUUGUGACAGCCCUGUGAUUGGCUCUGAAGGGUCUUUUUUGUUGCAUAAAACUUAAUGUCAGCUACUGUUACAUGUAUAAUAUGUGAAUUAUGUUAAUCAUUUCAAUUAUAAUGAUUAUUAUUAUCUAGCCGAGUCACGCCAAGUCCAGAUAAAUGUCGUAAAGAAAAAUAAUGAUAAACUUGUAGAGUUUUUAUUAUUACUAGUUUACUAAGAAUUUGCUUAAUCUUCAGGAGCAUUACUUGUACAUAAUAUGCAAGGUCAAGCUUAACUCUGUCGUGCCUUUAUAGGAUGGCCGUGCUGCUAUAACACUUGAAGAUGGACUACCAUUUGUUUGUAAGUAAUGUAUUAAAACAAGAGAAUCCUUUCUAAAAAUUACUUUCGUAAGACAAGUCCCUAUCAGGAAGAUAGUGAUUGAGAACUGAAUCUUCUUUGAUAAAAUUAUGAUUGAUGUAACUUCAUUUUUUCAGUUAGUGCUCCAAACUCAACUUUUUUCAAAGCUGCCUUGGAAUUACUAACAAAGUAGCCUGACAAAAAAAAAUCUUUGCCAGAACACUUUGUGCAAUAUUAGAGGCCAAGCUGUUAAUUUAAACAUCACAACAUAUGGAAGUGUAAUGUGUUCAUUGCAUUUCAACCAUUUCAAAUUGUUAGUAAUUACCGUGGUAACCAAAAUGAUCAUUGCUUGGAAUACUUUUUCAGGUCAAGGCUCUCACUAAGAGCGGAGGGCUGGGGAUUUCCCCCAGCUACUAUGAGCAUGAGCCCCGGUUACUUUCAUAAAAAACAAAAGGAAAACGGAAUCAAAAUAACUUCCUAUCUGGACGACUCCCUUUACACUAAUUGCAUAUACCCCCGGCAACUUGAAAUUUUACCAAUAGCCAUGCAGGUGAAUUAGGUACACUGUACAUCAAUGCAUGUUAGCCUUAAGUGGAAGUGGUUUCACCUACGUGUACAAUAGAAAAUGACUUAUUCUUUCAUCUAUAUGGACAUGACGAGAUGUAGUUACCAUCAUGUACAGGAAAAAGGUCCCUUUUUUAAAUGUAGCCUGAAUAUCUCUUGUAUUUAGCGUAUGAUGAAAUGCCAACAGAAGACGAACAAAUUGGAAAGAAGCAAGUAGUUGUUAAUCUCACUCUUGCUGAGUAUAAGGUGAGUUUUAAAAUUAAAAUAUAUAGUUACUAUUGUAAUGCCUUGAAUCUACCAAAAAGAAAAAAACCGGUUACUAUUGUUUACAAAUAACAGACAAGACAAAAGGUCACAAAGAUCAAAUGUAAUGUAAUGCCUUGAAUCUACUCAAAAAACCGUCAUUAUUCGCGGAAUAUAUUCUUCUUUAUAAGAAGUAUUUAAGAUUUGUUGCCGCCCAUUCGCAGACGUCUCUCCCGCGAAACGUCCUUAGCGGUGAGGAGUGUGGAGAGAUGGCUCUAUUUGCAGGCUAAAAUAUUACUUUUGUUCACGGUCUUUGGAAAACAUUUGCCUUUUAGGAGAUCGUGAAGACUUUUAACAUCACAAGGCCAAUGAUUCCACCACGCCCUACCAUGAAUGGUAUUGUCAAUCAUAACAACCAAACCAAUGGUAAUGAAGAUGAUGACGAGGACUAAUAAUCUACACAAGAACAUUAAGAUUAAAAAAAAACUUUAUAUUAAUGAGAAAUUAUAUUAGAUUUAGUUGUAUUUUUUAAGGCUUUGAUGUAAAGAUAUGCAACAGUUUACUAUUAUUUGUCAUUAUUUAUUUUUAGUUUCGUUUCCGUUAUAUUGGCUUGGUUUAUUUUUAGAGGUGCAAAAUAACACCAAUUGACACUCUUGACAAAUCAUAUUUAUAAAUUUUGAAGGAAAUGCACUCAUCCUUCGGUUAUGGUAUACAGGAGGGUCCUGGGUUGCCAAGGCCCCCUUUUGUGAUGAGCAGUGAGACCAAAAUACAUGUAGAGUAGUUUAUGUAACGCGGAACUUAAUUCAUCUGCGCAGAUAUUUUGUCUAAUUCUUUGUGAAUUAGAUUUGAUCUUAUCUGUUAGAACGUUUUCAGUAAAAGCAAUGUUGCGGGUUUAAUUUCAUGCUCCCAAAAAGUUAAUUAGCUGUAAAUAUUACGCAAAAGAGUCAAGUUGUUCUUGUUGUGUUUUCGUUCUAGACGCGGGACUUUUAACAGUGAUUAUACAUUGCUAGUCCUUAGUCUUGUACAGUCAAAGCUCUCCUUGCGACCACUCUCGCAAGCGACCAUCUCUAGAUACGACCACCGUAGUGAAACCCCGUUUGAGCGACCGCGACCACUUUAGGGAUUACCUAGCUGGACUUCUCCUUUGUUUUUAAGUUCUUGUAACCCAUUCUCGCACUUAACAAAUGGAUUCCACGUUGCCGUGCAUCUGUUCAGUAACAGAUCACAGGUGAUGUCAAAAUAAUAUUUAGAUUUGGGGUUAUUUUGGUCUGAAAAAUUGAUCGUAAAGUUUGGCCUUGUCUAUAUCAGAUAUAAAGAGAUCAAACAAAUGUUUUUUUUGGUAGCCAUUAUUUUCUUUCGGUUUUUCUUUAUGAAUUAUUAAUGAGUUUUUGAAGAACUGGUAAGCGACUACCCUCAAUAGGCCUUUUCUGAGUUCCCCCUGGCCUCUGUAUCAAAACGAGGUUUAGUGCUCAGCCUUUUAUAUGGCAAUGUUUUUCUAUUCUCAUGCAAAUAAAACUCAUUUCCACAAAAAAGGUUGUGCACUUGGCCUCAUUUUGAAAGUGAGGGUUUUUGUAACUCGGAGGUGGCCUAUUGGUUUACUAUGCGCGGUCGCGGCUUACGAGAAGCUCAUUCUCGUAAGCGAACAGCUCUAGGUACGACCACUUUUUCGAUUCCGAGGUGGUCGCUUACGAGAGCUUCGACUGUAUUUAUGUAUUGAGGACAAGAAAAUCUUAUUCACUGACAGGUUUCUACACAUUCGUGAAAAAUUUCUAUAUCUAGCUAGGAUGUCAUUUACCCCUUUAUAAGAGCUAGCACAGGGAAAUUUACCUGGUGGUCAGUUGACUAAAAGCUUGCUUUGGUAUGAUUUCAGUUAAAGAGAAAUAGUGUUAAAAACGUCAAUAAACCACAGUGUAGCUGCAAGUUUAUUUAAUCGGUAGGAUAGAAGGUAUGGUGUAAACCAGAACAAUGAACAGAAGCAGUAGCAUUGUUUUAAUACAGUUCUUGUAAAUGCCUUUCUUACGUGCUGUUUUGUUUUUGUGUCAAUUUCAGAGUGUGACUCGGAAAGAGUUUUUGAUUGGCUCGAACGUUAACAGAAAUGGAUACGAAAGAAACCGUAACUUAUUAUAAGCUCCAUCUCACACUCUCAGUUCCUUUUAUAAGGCCUGAGUAAAUUCAAUCUCUUUCGCUCGUUGUGUUUGACUGAAAGAAAUUCGGUUCGAUAGGAUACUGGCCAUGUAGAACCACACCUUAUGACCAACCCCUUUAUACGACCACCUCGUUAUCGUUCGACCCAAACGAAAGAAACACCGGUUAUUUUAUUGUCCAGGAUUUUAUGGCCCAAUAGUGGUCGCGUUAACGGUGUUGCACUGUCCUGCUCGUAUUGACGAUUUGGGAAGCCGGGG